CCCCGAGAGCAGCUCCGCGCCGAGAUAACUCAAGUGAGGAUUCUGAAUCCAGAGAGCCUUCUCUCAUUCCAAGAAAUAUCAUGGCUGAACCAGAUUACAUAGAUGAAGACAAUCCUGAGCUAAUUAGACCCCAGAAACUAAUUAAUCCUGUGAAAUCAUCCCGGAACCAUCAAGAUCUUCAUAGAGAGCUCCGCAUGAAUCAGAAAAGGGGUCUUGCUCCUCAGAAUAAGCCAGAGCUGCAAAAGGUGAUGGAAAGACGAAAAAGAGACCAAGUUAUCAAGCAACAGAAGGAGGAGGAGGCACAGAAGAAGAGAUCGGACCUGGAAAUAGAGCUGCUCAAACGACAACAGAAAUUAGAACAGCUUGAACUUGAGAAGCAGAAGAUCCAGGAGGAGCAAGAGAACGCACCUGAAUUUGUAAAAGUGAAAGGCAAUUUGAGGAGGACAGCGCAAGAAGCUGCAGAAGCUCAAGACUCCUAGAAGAAGGGCCCCCUUUCAGACUUGAAGCCAUUUCCCCAGUGGCUGCUGCGGAGAUCUCUCACCCAUUUGCCCUGAAUCUGGGUGGAAAAUGAGCUCGUAUGAGGUCAACGUCUGGAACAUGUGCAGAUGAAUGAUUGCACACCAGAUAAAACUCGCCAAUAACAAUGUGGAGAUCA